AUGACGGGAAGAGAGUGCAAGAAAGGGUACAAGUUUCGGGCACCCAAGCAUGCGGUCUUCAAGGAGAGCCACAAGUGGCCAGCGCCGCCGAAGAAGCUCAAGUUCAUCGAUGAGACGCGCGGGGUAGAGCUCGGCGAGACGGCGGACGGCGAUGAGCCCAUCGAAACCAACUCAUCGCGAGGUGAUGAGGAGCGAGGCGAUGAAGAGACGACAGCGACUUCGCCCGAAGCAGCGACCGUGGGAGACUCGGUCGUUUCUGAAGAGCAGCAGCUACGGCCGUCGCUCCAAGCAGCAAAGGCCGCCAGCUGGCCUCUUCCCGACGAGAGCCUUCAUGGCAGCAGCGUCGUUGAUGAGCCUUUGUUGUCUCAGCGAGGCUCACUGAGUACGCCCGGCGGCGAUCACACCAGUCAACAUGACAGCCAGCAUGGCAGUCUUCGCGAGCAUUCCAAAUCCGUCGACAUACUGCCGCCGCUGGAGCCUCUCGUGCCGCCAACGGGAGGCAUCUACACUGACCGUCCCAUCUGGCCGAUCCAAGGACGCCAGGAAGCUACACUGUUUCGUCACUACGUGGACAAGUUGGGCUUUUGGCUCGACGCGUGCGACCAGUCAAGAAGCUUUGAGACGGAGGUGCCGCAACGCGCCGGCUCAUGUCCCAUCCUGCUCAACGCCAUCUUCGCGCUGGCAGCACGGCAUCUCAGCCUGACGAGCGCGUACGACUCGCUCGCGUCAAACAGAUAUCAUGACGAGUGCCUCAACUACUUGAUCCCGCUGCUGGACCACGCGGCAACGGUGUCGGACGAGAACUUGUUCGCGGCAACAAUCAUCCUCCGCGUCCUGGAAGAAAUCGACGUAAACACAGUCGGCCAAGACACGCACGGCCAUCUCCUUGGGAUUCACGCCUUCGUCAACGCCGGCGACCGCUUCCUUAUGCCGGGCACGCUGACGGCCGCCUGCUUCUGGGCGGGCCUGCGUCAGGAGAUCUACAGCGCCGUCAUCAACCAGCAGGUCGUCCGGAUGAACUUGGGUCAUGCCAUUGUCGACCGAUCAACCACCCCGGCAGACGACUUCGUCUGGGCGAAUCGUGCCAUAGUCCACUGCGCCGACGUCCUCAAUUUCUGCUUCGGGGCCGAGGCGGGGUCGGUGCUGCGAUGGGGCCAGCUGGAAAUGGCAAACAGAGAGUGGAAGAACGCCCUGCCGCCCUCGUACACGCCCAUCUUCUACCGCGAGAGGACAGAAACGGAGGCUUUUCCCGAAGUAUGGUAUCAAAAAGCGUGUCACAUCAUCGCCGUCCAACACCACAUUCUCGCCGAAAUGUACCUCGUCUUGUUCAACCCGAGCAUCCCGCGUGUCGGGGGAACGCGCAAAGCGGCGGAAAGGCGAUUAACAGAGCAGAUCCAAGUACUAUUACGCAGUCUCUGCGGCAUUGGCAUGUGCAAUCAGGGGUCACCUCCAGCCAUGUUCACGGCAUGUAUGGGGAUAGCAAUUGCUGGUGAUCGCUUCGACGAGAGAGCCGACCAGGAGGCUCUUCUCAACAUGCUCAGCAUCACCGAAAAGGCCCACGCACGACCCACGACAGCGGUAAAAGAUCAGCUGAUGCACGCAUGGGGGUGGAUGGACGGGGAGGCGAUGAGCGAGGGGUGA